AUGCUGUUCUUCACGCAUACCAUGAUUCCUUUCUGUGCCACUAUCUUGCUCAAGUUCGCCGCUAUUUGGACACCGAGAGGCGAAAGCUUAUCGAAAACGCUCGGCCUAGGCUUCAAAUUCACAGAAGCACAUCUCAAUCACUCCAGCUCUGCUGAUCUGCUGUCAGAGGUGGCCGACCAGCUCAGCGAGAAGCACAUCACCCGGCUCGUCGUGAUGGGUAUCCGUGAGAUGCCCCAUCGUCUGCCCAGUGCGCCCGGAGCAUGCAUCGCGGAUGAAGAGGCAGGUAGUCAACUAGUCAGAGGCGAUACCAAACCAGCUACACGUCCCGAUCGAGGAGCGCGGCAGCAGAUUUUACGCAUUGCAGAUGUUCUCGAGUGUGGUCCUGACCAGUAUCUUAGAAUUUUCAAUGGUAAGGAUUUCCUCUCGUGA